AUGUCCUUCUGGGCAUCAUCAGCCGAGGCGGGCCCUUCGCGCUCGCCAACCAAGAACUUGAUGGCAUCCAGCAACCAUAGCGUAACAUCGUCCAAACAUGAAUCACAUGUCCCCACGUUCCUGGUUCGAUCUGCAACCGAACACGACCUCUACAAUGUCGACCAAAAGUCGCUCCACACGUUCGCUUACGGCGGCGUAGCGCACUCUUCGCCCUCAACAGAGACCUCUUCCGCCUUUUCGCCUCCCGGUCUUUACCGCACUACAUUUUCCAACCCAUCUUCCUCUUCCAUCUCAUCCUCAGGCCAUCCCAAACCGGCGUCCCAUCGCAACUCGUUCAGCUCCGUGUCUGUCUCCGAACUUGGCAGCUCGGCCAUGAGCGAUCGACUCAGCUGGACCCGUGGCAAUCGAAGGCAGAGCAAACGAGCCUCGCACGAUGCCAAGAUUGCUGGCAGUGUCCGUGGCUUUGAUCUCGGUAAGAAGGACGGCGGGAGGCAUCGAUCUCAUACCGAGGGCUCGCAAGCUUCGAAUCCAAACAGCGGCGAUAUCUUUCUCUACUCCAGCCGUAAUGUGGACGCUAGUGCAGAUAAACCGAACCAACCUCGCUUCCUCCAUCAGCGACGCAAGUCGGACGGCCCACAGCGCUCCAAGUACGAUGUCAGCUUUGACUCGUAUCCUUCCGGACGCAGUCAUCGCAUCCCUCGAUCUCAAUCCUCCAACUCUCUCUCUCAUGCUUUCUUUGACACCCGCGGCCACAAACAUCAAUCAAAGAGCAGCGCACACAGCCUCAGCCUCGUCAAAGAUGAAGACGAGCGUCUCGAUACGAUUGACUCCCGCCUCACCAUACCCAGCUCACCGCUCCGUGAGGCUGAAGUGAUUGCAGAUUGGCAUGACCAAGCCACGCUGCCUCCAUCAUGGAGAAGAGUGGACGACAAGGACGCCCUUGAUCGGCUGGCCAUCAUGACCUCCAGCGCCUCUUCCAAGACCUUGCGCAGACGAUCCGGAGAUGUCGUUACCAUUGCCGCUCGCUCAGCUGCACAAGCCACCAAGAAGGGCCUGCGCGUCAUUCGCAGAGCAGGCAGCUUCGACGUCGGAUCAAAGUUCUCCGCAGAUGCCGCCAAAACCCGCGACCGUGACCGCUCUCGUUCCAACUCCUCCUCCACCCUUCUCACCAGUCUGGGUUUGGUAGCCCAACCUGAAUUGCGUCACCAGCGCUCUCAGACACUGCAUCAGCUCGAGGGCCCGACCCACGAUACUACCACGCCCAAGAGCAACCCAGCAUUGCUCUCACUUCCCGCUUCGGCUACACAGUCUCCCAAACUACAGGGCCUCGGAUUCUACGGCGAAGGAACCAGAACUCACGCUUGGCGCUUUUCUCAGAUCACCGAAGCAGAAGACGAGGACAAGUCCUUCUCCAAAGACUUACCGCAGAUCCCUCCGCAGCAAGAAACCACUCCUUCUUCGGAAAGCGAUCAAGAACUUCUAUUGCGAAGGUCCGACUCUUCAGGUGCAUCUGGUAAAGACGAGGCAAAGCUGAAUACGUCGGUCGUUGAGCAGCCACAUCCGACGGUGGCGGAGCCGACUCGAGCUCAACCACAAUCUCCCAGUCGAUCCGAAAGCGAACGACGCCACGGCCUCGCCAAGAGAUCGUACGCUGCGUUGAUCGAUCUGCUGAACCCCACGCUACACAAGGAGACCAAGCAGAGACCCCGUGACCGCCAAGCAUCGCUCGGCGGAGCAGAGCCAGUGUACAUGCUUGCCCAUGGCGAUCAGGGCGGCAGAGCCCCGUCGGGUGCUGGCGGUUCUGGCGCCUCUUCUGGCUAUAAUGGUGGCCGAGCUCGUGGCAACAGCUCUGCUGGCCGUGGCAACGGUACGUUCGGCGGCGGUGGUAGUGGUGCUGGUGGACCAGGACAGAACAGUGGCAGUGGAGGCGGUCCGGCAGGAGGCGGAGGCCCUCCCGAUCGGAGGGGAGGAGGAGGACCUCGUGGUGGUGGCAGCGGCAGCAAUAGCUCUUCAGACGCUAGUUCACCAGUCAACUCUGUCUAUCGACGACUCGAGCUCAUUGGGCGAGGAGCAUAUGGCGCCGUCUACCGUGGGGUCCACGUCGAAACGGGUGCGGCGGUGGCGCUCAAGGUUGUCAACCUCGACACGCCUGAUGACGAUGUCAGCGAUAUCCAGAGAGAGGUGACCCUCCUCAGUCAGUUGCGUGAAGCUGCGUCCAGAAACGUCGUGCGAUACUGGGGCUGCUGGCUCAAAGGUCCCGAACUGUGGAUCGUCAUGGAUUUUGCCGAAGGUGGCAGUGUCCGUACGCUCAUGAAAGCCGGUCCUAUCGCUGAACGCUACUGCGCCGUCAUUGUUAGGGAGACGCUGGUUGCGCUCAACUACCUGCACAAGUCCGGCAUCAUCCAUCGCGACAUCAAGGCCGCCAAUAUCUUGCUCACCAGCACAGGCCGCAUUUUACUUUGUGACUUUGGUGUUGCCACUUCGCUCGCCUCGAACAGCGUUCACAGCAAACGCAGCACCUUUGUCGGGACACCGUACUGGAUGGCACCCGAGGUGAUCACGGAGGGUAAAACGUAUGACCAGAAAGCCGAUGUCUGGAGUUUGGGCAUCACCAUCUACGAAAUGGCUAUGGGCAAUCCGCCUCUAGCUGAUGUCGAGCAGAUGCGAGUCAUUAUGCUCAUCCCCAAGAGCAAGCCGCCGAGGUUGCCUUUGGAGGGCGAAUUUUCCCCCGCGAUGCGCGACUUUGUGGCCGCCUGCCUCAACGAGGAGCCCAAAGAACGUGCCACCUCGGAUGAGCUCAACAAACUCAAGUGGAUCAAGACGUACGCCAAGACGCCUGUGAGCGUGCUCAAGGAGGUGAUCCAGUCCUACAAUGCAUGGACGAAGGCGGGCGGGAUGCGGAUGAGUCUGAUUGGCGCCGAGACGGCGGAGUGGGGCGAAGCGGGGAAUCGCGACUCGUUUGCUUUCGAUGGGAGGGAGACAGGCGAGGGCUGGGAGUUUAAUACGCUGAGAAGCGCUAGAGAGUGGGAAGAGGAUGACGAGGAGGGAGAGGGACAGCAUGCGCCCAUCCCGAUCCGUGAUCAUCCUCUUCUGAGGCUCUUUGAUAUUGAACCGAGUGAAGGUCCGACGACGAUCUCGACCUCUGGAGGAGGGGGAAUGUAUGGGCAGAGAGGGGCGGCGACUGUAGACAGCACGAAUGCUAGCACGUGGAGACAGGGUGGAGGAGGAGCGGCAGCAAACGCGCCAACGGCAACGCUACGAGCACAGCAGGCACCUCCACAGUUGACCCAGCAGCAAUCUUUGGCAGGUGGUGCAGCAGCAGCAGCAGCAGCUAUCUCUGCUCCUACGAUCAAAGCAUCGCUUGGCGCGGCUCAUGCGCAAGAAAAAGCCAGCUUUACAGGUACGGGCAACACACCGUUCCGGUUUGGUGUUGGCGGUGGAAUCGGUUCGGCGCAGCCAUCUUCGCCGCUCAACGAGGUUACGCCUCGAGCGCAUUUGCCGAUGCGAAAGCGUUCCCAGUCGCUCACCAAGCCCAGUGGUAGUGGCAGCGGCAGUGGCGGGGGGUCCGUUGGUUCCUCUGCUGCAUUUGCGGAGAAUGCCUCAUCCUCAGCUGCUGGCACAGCGAUCGUUAUCCCCGACUCGCGCUCAUUGUACGAUCUUGGCACAGUCGCCAAACAAGCGCCGUCGACCCCCUCCCGCCCGACAGCACUACGCAUGGGCCGAGCCGAAAGCAGCGAUACAUCCAACGCGCUCUACGCGGACCUUGACCGCGUCAAGAACGCCGGCGAACUCAUUGCGCACCAUCGGCAAUCGCACGGGGGCAGCGAUCCCACCACGGCCGGUGUGCACUCUUCGCCUUCACGGCACUUGGAGAUGUGGGAACGCGGGGCGAACACUCAGGCGUACAGUCGGCUGGCGAGGUUGCGCGCGGGAUACGUGCAGGCACGUCGAGGUAGCGGGAGUACCGGCGGCGCUGCGAGCGACGAAGCUCCCGUCACGCCGACAGGCGCACUGCCGCCGACCGCAAGUACGAAGACCGCAGCAGCGGUGGCGGCGACGGCGGAGAAGCCGCCUCUCGCUCGCCCGUCGCUGGAAGGCCCCCCGCUCCGACCGCUCGACUUCAGCGUUCUGCAGACCAAAGAACAGGUCUCGACCAGCUUGGGCAAGACGGUCGACGAGUUGGGCAAAUGGCUGGACGUGCUGAGUUUGGGCUUGGGACGGGCUGUCCAUUCGGAGCUGUAG